CUCUCUCUCUUGUGGGGGACUCCACGGUUUCACUCCCACCAGAAAACCCCUGCUCGAGCGGGCGAAGGAAGGGAAGAGAAGAGACGAGAAUCGAUACCCAAAAUGGCGAGCGAAGCAAAGACCGACGGUGGAGGGGGAGCAGGCGGCUUCAGGGCGAGGAUGGAACGCUAUUUGUACAGCGGCGACAAGAAGCACGUCCUGGCCGGCAUAGCCGUCAUCACCGUCAUCUUCGGUGCUCCCUGGUUCCUCAUGAAUCGAGGGUCAAAGCACCAGUCCCAUCAAGAUUACAUGGAAAAAGCGGACAAGGCUCGGAAAGAUAGACUUUCUUCAUCUUCUAAAUGACACUAUAGCACCAGUGGUGUUUUGCUGACUAGUUUUGAUUGUUGAGGAUGUAAAAGUGUUUGUCGUUAGAACAAGAUAGAAUUGAUAAAAUUUUACCGAUAAGGUUGUUUCGGCACUGUAUUUGCGAAUUGCUAUUGAGGCAGGUAGCAAAGUUAUUUCUCUUCUUUCGU